AUGCCCGGCACUACCAACUUCGAUGUAAUCCAAGCCGUCCCCCGCGUGGCAACGCUCAUAUACCAAACCCACCAGCUAUGGCAAGAAAUCAAGGAGGUCCCUGAGGGGAUCCAAAGCCUCGUGGACCACCUCAAAGCCCUCGAGCCAAUCUUUGCAGACAUUGAAGACCAGUUCAGCCACGAUGAAGCCUCUGCGCCGUUCAAGAACUGUCUCGAUCUGUCGAGGAAGGCGCACGACUCUCUGGGCGCGCUGGUUGCGGAUAUGAGGACGCAGCUGCAGGCCAAUAAGCGACUCAGGCGCAAGUAUGCGGCCGUCAAGGUUGUCCUCAAUAAGACUGUCUUGACGAGGCUGGAGCAGAGUCUUUCGCGGUUUUACGAGCUGAUAUCAGCCCCGGCUGUCGCGGGAUGGACGUAUACCUAUCGCGUAUACAACGUGAUACCAGAUAACUCAGAAAUCAUCCUCAAGGUCAAAAGGGGGGAUCUGGUUGGCGUUCGGCAGAUGUUUAGCAGCAAGCAAGCAUCCCCGUUCGAUAAGAGUCAGAGAGGAGAUUCCCUUUUACAUUACGCGGCCUCCAAUAGACAGUAUGAAAUAUGCCAGCUUCUACUCCAAUUAGGCCUUCAACCAUUGCUCGAUAAUAGAGGAAGAUAUGAUAUGGUGAAGACGAUCGUGCAGAAGUGGACCUGGCCUGCCAGUUCACAUCCAAAGAGAAUAGCGGACCUAUUCGCAACAUAUCUCCAAGAGCCUCACUCUUUACCCGCCGAAAGGCUUCUGGACUUUAUCCGAGAUUUCGCACCAGAUGACAGAUUGCUCUCCAAUUUUCGAAGCUUAUUCAUGCCGAACUAUUAUCUGCGUCUGCUGAGAGACCGGCUUGAAGCUGUUCGCUUGGGGGCAUUCAAUGUCUUGGACGCGAGAACGUUUGGGAGCCUUCUUUCGGAAGAUAUGACCUUUUCCAAGGAAGAUGUCAGCCAGUCGACUCGCGAGAAGGUCUCUCUGGUACAUUCGGCAGCUUUGGCAUUUGGCUCUCGAUACCCAGAGACAUUGUUGUCUUACCAAAAGCCGCGGCCUUGGCUGCAUGCAUACGAUGAAGAUUGGGGAGAUGUCGUCAUCAAGGUAGCCUCAGUAGCUACCCUCGAUGAUCUUACCAGCAUCGAAACAAUUGUGCCUUGGGACGCUUAUGAGGUCACGGCAUGGGAGGGCACGCCCUUGAUGUCGCUCAUCGGAGGGGCGCUGUGCUACUUGUGUCCCAACAUUAGCUUUAAUCACUGGGACGAGCUCUUUCACGGGUGUUUGCACAAAUGGCUUCUGCUGCUGGACACAGCUCGAGUUGAUCUAGUCGAAUACGGCAAGAGGGAGACUUCGAUCCUUCAUGGCCUUCAGAAGAACACUAAAGGUGCUUUCGACGCCGACGCAAUUGAUGCUUCGAGAACCAUGCUGCGGCAUCCUAUGACUCGAGGCACCCCGAAAGCCAAGCUAUAUCACAUUGGUCUCAAGAACGGCCACAUGGAUUGUGUCGACAGAUCUGGCGAACAAUACUGGAUACCCUUUCGAAUAAUAGAUCUCCAGACUGGCCCAACCCCAGGCGAUUGGAAGUUGAAAUGGGCUCCAGAAUUCGAGCAUAUGGCGUGCCAGUUCUGGGACUUGAUGGAGACCAAACAAAAGGUCAUGCCUGGAGCUUGGGUAGAUUGGUGA